AAAUUUUAAGACAUGAAAUUAUAGUUUAUAUGCAAACAUAACAUGCACAACAUUUUAUUAAAAUCUCUUGUAUUAAGAAGACCAGUUUUCACAUAUAACUUCAGAUGGAAAGCAUAUUACCAACACAAAUACGAUCCUAAAGUUGAAGAUGUUAUAAACAAACAAAUUCAAGCAGAGCAGCAAGCAGCACAAGAUUAUUUAGCAAUAGCGACUAUGUUUUUGCAUCCGUGUAUGUCGCGGCCCGGGGCCGGCGGGUACUUUAUGAAAAUGUAUAACGAAGAACUCGAACAUAUGCAGAAACUCAUUGAAUACCAGCUGAUAAGAGGAGGUGCUAUUGUUAUCAGUGGACUUAAAGCACCAACAAUGGAUAGUAAAUUAACACUGCAAAGUGCCUUUAAAAAGGGUCUGAGUAUGGAAAAAAGUGUGACAGAGCUCUUAGAAAACGUUGUUGCGGUAGCUGAAAAAGUGGACGAUUACCAAUGCGCGGAUUUUAUCACAUCUGUAUACUUGGCAGAACAGAUGUCGUCUAUAAAUGAACUCUCACAUCACGUUACGAAUAUGGACAGAUUGUGUGGCGACGAGCACGCAGUAUAUCAAUACGAUCAGCACUUAUUAAAAUCUUAUCCGAAUCCGUUCAAGUUUAAAAUGCCAGAACGCUAACGAUAAAGCUAAGCUUCGGAAUAGUUUC